AUGAUGCGCCGUAGUUGUCUUCUGCUCAGCGGUGGAAUGGUGGAAUACCACGAAUGGCAUCUCCACGAGCCACUCCUGCAGAAUUACGAGGGUUGGCGUAUUUUAGAUAAUCCAAAGUAUCAAUGCAAAUCCGAUGCGUAUUUAUAUGAUAUAGCCGGUAGUGUACGACACCUUGAUCCCAUCAUUGAUGAUCCCCGACUUACCCACAAACAACGUGUUUGCCGUCUCUACCGCUGGGCAUUAAAAGAACUACAGAUGUGGCUUGUCCAAUUAAAUGCCCAUAAAUUUAAUCUCGCCUACAAAGUGGUCCGUCGUCGAUUUGAAAUGUAUCGUUAUGUCACCGACCCCGCCAUGUGUGAUAUGAUGGUGCGGGAAACACAAAAGUAUUUACGGGAUAAUGCGAACUAUCACUAUCUGCGGCGGAAUAAUGGAUCCCCGUGGUCCACGUAUACACUCGCGAAUCCCCUUUUCCACCCGGAUGGAUCGCAGGUGUAUGAUCACUGGACCCAUCCAGAUGUGAUGUGGUAUGAUGAUGCGAAGCUGCAGCGGUGGUCUGGACAUCAUCCAAUGUACGCCGGGGCCGGGGAGAUGUCGGAUCGAUUUGGAAAUAUGGAUGUCUCUCCACCCAUGCGGGCCAUCACGUGUGCGAUAUUUGGAUGUAUGUUUCUUUGGAGUAUUUGUAGUUUUCUCGCGGUGUUUGAUCGGGAUGUGGAUCCACACUUUGAACAGUGGUGUGAGAACUUUGAUGAUAACUUGAAGGGGGCGUUGUUUGCAGCGGAGCGGAAUUCACGCAGUAGAGAUUCAAUGAUUGCUUGGGAUUGGGAUCGUAUUAUGGGAAAAGUAGAAGAACAAACAGGACUUCGCCUGUAUAGAGUGUAA